UACAGGUCUCCAAGUUAGCUGAUGUCAUGGUCAGACAUGGUGUGAAGAAAGGCGAUCGUGUGGUCAUCUACAUGCCCAUGAUUCCACAGACAGUGUACUGUAUGCUGGCUUGUGCAAGAAUAGGAGCCAUCCACAGCCUGAUUUUUGGUGGAUUUGCAUCUAAAGAACUUUCUGUUCGCAUUGAUCAUGCAAAGCCCAAACUUAUUGUAACAGCAAGUUUUGGAGUAGAACCAAAAAGGAAAGUGGAAUACAUAUCCCUCCUAGAAGGAGCACUGGCAAGGGUGCAGAACAAGCCUGAUAAAGUUCUCAUUUACAAGCGACCUAAUUUGGGCCAUGUUCCUCUUGCCCCAGGUCGCGAUCUUGACUGGGAAGAAGAGCUUGCAAAAGCACAGUAUUAUAAAUGUGUCUCCGUUCCCUCAGACCAUCCACUUUAUAUUUUAUAUACUUCUGGAACAACCGGCUUGCCCAAGGGUGUUGUCAGACCAACAGGUGGCUAUGCAGUUAUGCUGAACUGGACAAUGUCAGCUGUAUAUGGACUCAAAUCUGGUGAGGUGUGGUGGGCAGCUUCUGAUUUAGGCUGGGUUGUUGGUCAUUCAUACAUUUGCUAUGGGCCUCUCCUACAUGGGAAUACUACAGUUUUGUACGAGGGGAAGCCUGUGGGAACGCCAGAUGCUGGUGCCUAUUUCCGUGUGCUAGCAGAGCAUGAAGUAGCUGCCUUCUUUACUUCACCAACUGCAAUUAGAGCAAUCCGUCAGCAGGACCCCGAGGCAGCCUUGGGAAAGCAGUACUCUCUGAAAAGGUGA